AUGAGCGCGGUGAUCCCCUCUGUCAUCAUGGCGCCGUACAUCGCGGGCUUUAACACCUCCUACUUCAUGUUCGAUACGCCGGAGCUGGUGUACGACCCGCACUUCAUCACGGCGUUCUCACUGGAGAACCAGCUCGUGUUCGCGACAGGCUUGAUGGACUUUGGAGCGAAGCUUGACCCGCACCUCGCUACGUUCCUGACGCUCAUUUCCAUAGCGGAGUUGCUCACUAGACAGCCCGAUUCGACUGCAGUGGGUAUUUACCCGUCUCCAGCCCCAAGCUCCUUUACGUAUCGGUCUGAGCAAGAUAUAAUUGUGCGCGACCCUAUUCCUUGGAUUCAAAUUGUCGUAAAGCUAAUUUUCUUGGCGUGGGGGGCUGCAGUUCUCGUGUUGUAUCUGCACAGUAUUUUUCACACACAUUCGUCUACUUUAGUUGGCUGUCUCGCAUCUACUCGACCAUGGUUUUCGCGUCAGAUCUCGUGCUCAACGCUAGUUAUUGACUGCCACGCUCGCGGCGUGGCUUCACCUGAACUUUACGCGUUUGACGCCCUGGAGUCGGCUGCACUGGCUGCUAUUUCGUUUACGCACUGUCCCGAGCUUCGAAUUCCUUCGGCUAUUCAACAGUUCAGCAAUUUACGAGUGUUGCAUGUUUACAACUCGACUGUGAUGGAGUGGUCUAGGGAGGCUGGCGGCAUUUCCCCGCUAGCACACCCUCGAAUGUCAGAGAUUGUGGUCACCCGUUCUUGGUUUCCGUUCGGCUUCCCGCAAGGCCUUUUACAGCCCCUUCCUACCUCCAUGGUCAGUAUUUGCUUUUCAAUCACCGAUCUGGCUGAACUACCGGAUAAUUUGCAUCUGUAUUGGCCUCCGAUGGCGACCGUGGUGUUUGAAUUCGCGGAGCUGACGACAUACCCACCAUCGCUUUUGUCAGUAAAGGCCUUUGCGAUCUCCCUAAGAGGAAACAAACUGGAAACGAUGCCAGAGUUAGCGGGGGUCGCACCUGGUACCGUUUUACCCGUGUUUUCGCUGGAAGGAAACCCGCUGAAAGAGCUGCCGGCCUCGUUAUGGUCAACGAGCAUCUUCUUCGGUCGUCUGAACCUCGAGAAUAGCAACUUGAUCGCAUUACCCGCGUGGACAGACACGCAGGUAUUGGACACCAUGUAUAUGUACAACACACCGUAUUGCAGGGAGAUCGCUGCCGAACACCGUAAGCACAACGUUCAGUGCUCCUUUCACCCUGAAAGGAACCUUUUCGUUGAGCUUCCGUUUCAACUGAUUGACAAGCUGUAUCGGCUCACUUAG